UUUCCACCCAGUGACACAUUUUCUAAACCCUCUGCCCCGAACAGAGGAUGGCUCCACCGGGCCACAGACAGGCGAAAGUGAUCGUGACACUGACUGAAUGACAAGGUUCAUCUAGGUGCAGAAUCUGGAGAUUUAAACAACUGGCAACAGAAGAAGAAAGUGACGAAACUGGUUUUUCUUCGGAACAGUGAAUGUGUGUGCGAUAAAAAAGUGUUAUAAAAAAGAGAGAAUCAAGCUGAACGGAGCCACCGCCGCCGCCGCAGGAGUUUGGUGUGAAUAGGGUUGGAAGAAUAGAAGCAAAAUGCGGCUGGGCGCUGUUUGGAGCGUCGUCACGCUGCUGGUCACGCUACUUGCCACCACCACCACCACCAGCUCCGUCGAGCUGGUGAAAUCCGACUCGGACCUACCGGAUUUCGAUUUCGAUAGCCCGAAGGGUGACACCGACGAUGACUACUAUUACGUGAGUGAGGGAGAAGAUCAGCAGAUGCAGCCAUCGCACAAGAUCCUCAACUAUAACCGCACGGCGGAUGCGGAAGACGCGAGCGGUGGAAGUAGCGCCGCCGGCUCGGAUGGUUUCCUGAUGGAAGACGACGAUACCAGCUUCGAGCUGAUGGACGAUGUGGACUUUGUGGAUGACAUCGAGGUCAGUAAUUUCCAGCGGAAGCAGGCGGCUAUGCGGCAGAUUAUGACGCGGGCUUUCGCCAACCGCGAAAUGCAGAGAAAGUUCGCCGAGGUGCUACCGCUGCUGAAGGUGAUGACCAAGCAGCAGAAGACAACGCUGGCAGCGCUGAUCUCGGCGCAGGUUAACUCCCGGGAGGGAUACACGAUGUCGCUGGAACAGGUCAAACAGAUGUUCGGCAACCGGCAAGAGUUAAUCCUUCCGCUGGUCUAUGAUAUAGCGAACAUGAUCCGGACGGUGGCCAAGAAGGAGAGUCUUUUGAACGAACGAUACCCGACCAAGGAGGAGGAGCACAUUCCGGCGAAUCAAUUGCUGCGGCGAAGCUUCUCCGUUCGUUCAGAACCAUCUGGGUUCAAAGUAAAUACGGUCGAGUCGGCCGAUGCUAACCUCAAAGACGACCGGUUGGUUGUUGAUAUCAAAGAAAUUGAACCGAAAGUGAUUGACAGUUACAAACGUGAGGAGAAACCGGAAGGUCGAUCGAUGACAAGCAAUUUGCCGAUGUUUGAAGCGUUGGUCCAAUCCUUCCCUCGAUUCAACCAGCAACUGACGAGAUCCAGAGACAAGGAAGAAAGCCGGAUGUCCUACCACGAACGCAAGCUAAAUAUGACUGCCUUCAAUUCCACCCGAACGCAAAAGGAUCAACUUGCGAUGCCUUCGGAUGGUCCGAUUCCUGUUACGCUGCCGAAAGCCUCAGCGGCGAAUAGUAAAAAGAAGAUGAGACUUUCGACGACACCGGAACCGGAAACAACCACCCUUACCAUGGAGGAAAUCGAAGACUUGGCUCUGUCCGGACUCAACGGUACGGAGCUGAGUGCGGUUGAGGCAAACCAGUCAAAUGGAAAUGGCUCCGGCCCUGUGGCGGAAAUGUUAGUCGGAGGAUUCCGGAAUCGACCGUUCGAUUUCAACAAGAUUCAUAUGCUGCUGCCGGACGAAAAAUGUGACCACUUUUCAACCGGUGUGUGCAUCCGGGUGGAGAACUAUCCGACGUCCCAGAUCAUGAACAGCAUCACCCGGCACAAGAACGCGAUGGGAGCUCUGCUGGCGGAGUACAUUGACAGAACAAACGAGCUGGAUCGGAAUGCCUUUGAGCCGGAGGAAAUCGAAAGUGGCAUCAACACAAAGCUGACGAAACGCUCGGAUGACCCUUCGAAAUCGGGCGGCGGUAUGUGUCCGAGCAUAAUCCGCUAUGCGCGGCCCCAGAAGGCACGCUCGGCAACAGGCGAGUGGAAGUAUAUCGUGAACACGGGAGAACACACGCAAACAUUGCGGUUGGAAAAGUGCACGACCCCGCAAGACAGUUGCACCUACCUGACGGAUAACUUCCGCUCGCGCUGCGUCCAGAUCUACAACUAUCACCGGCUGCUCAGUUGGGAUACCGCCCGAGGUCUUCACGUGGACAUUUUCAAGGUCCCGACAUGCUGUUCGUGUCACAUCGACGGAUAUCGAGAAUCCUUCCCCCCACUGAGCAACUACAACGAGUACGAUGCGAAGAGUGAAUCGUUUGAAGAUCCCUCACUGGCUGCCAGUAACUUCGUGAAAAAUACACAAUACAGUACCUUGAAAUUCGAUCACGAUGAACCGGAGAAUGUUCAGGAAAAUAUUGCCUACCAUUUCGCCAACGGAUUCCAACGGAUGAAACCUCCAAAGUUCGAAAGUAACGCUGUGCUGAUACCGCCGAGUCCACCACCACACUACCACAAAAAUCGCUUCGAACGACCCCCCAAACUGCACCCAAAGAAGCAAAUCCAUCCACACUACAUGCCGUCACAAAUGUUGGACACCUAUCUGAGUCCUCCGCCGAAUGACGUCAGUUUUCAUACCCCCUUCAAGAGGGGACCCCAUUUCACCAACGACAAUUCUCUCAAACGUACGGCCCAAGUGCAACCGAACAGAAACCGGCUUCCCUUGCGGAAACAAAUCAACGUCAACGAUCAGAACAUCGCUGAAACGGACAUGCGAAUCAACCAGGUGCAAGUGAUGGCUCCGACGAAAGCCGACCGUCUACCACCUACCCAGGCAACGGAACAAAAGCAUCGGAAACGAUAUACAACCCAAACGCCACCCAUCCACAAGAAGGAAAAACCACAUCCCUUUCGAAUAUCGCAUCAACAACCGACCGUCCACCCGACCUCGGUUACGCCAUUCGUCCCGGUAACAACGACGACCACAACCACAACAACGACGGCCGCCACCACCAACGGCCACCAGCGCAUCAACUACAACUAUCAUCCCAUCAUCGACUUUUUUGGGGAGGACGACAUGCCCGAAAUACCACAGGAGCAAAUCGAUCGAAUCGGUCUAAAUAGUGCUUCCUCAUCCUCGUCUUCUUUGAAUAGUUGGAAACCUGUUCUGCACGGUCCAAUGUCACGACCGAUGCGGAUACCAGUGUGAACGAUUCGAACCGGAUGAUGAAUUAACUUCCACUAAGCAGCUUAAAAAUUUGUUGUUCGCCACGUAUCCUGUAGCUGCAACGAAAACCAGAACGGGACGGUGGCGAUUUCAACGAAUGCACAAGCGAGAAACGCUUUCUUUCUUUUCUUCUGCAAAGAAAAAUGAAGCUUUUGUUUGAAAUCUUUCUUGCUACGCUUUUCCAACAGGCAAGCUUUCUGUGCGAAACAUUUCAUGUUGGCUGGCUGAUGUUGGCGUAGUUUUCCUCGGUCUACUCGUUACAAGGGGAGGCCGGAGAAUAGCCUUAAUUUAUACUUUUUUCUGAUGCUGUUUGCAUGUGUUGUACAUUAUUUCUGUUAUUUAUAUUUGACGCGUUGACGAAAGAAAAUGGAUUGUUGCUCAAACGAAUGCUCAGAACAUUCCUUUUCUCUCUCUUUCUAGCUGGUAAGUAAAUAGGCGAUUAGUGUAAAUUUUUAAUAUUAUUUAUGGAAUAAAACAAAAAACACCGUUGAGUGGAAUC